CCUGCCUCCUCCCCUUGGAGGAUCUCAGUGGAGCCCCGCCUGCCGCCGGAGCCACAGCGCGAGAGAGACCCUGCUCGGGUUGCAGCAGCAGCAAAGGCAGCAGCAAAGGCAGGUGCAAGGAGGCAUCCAGCCCCUGCUGGGUCACAGGUUUAAAGAAGUGAAAACAGCUGGUGUGGCAGUCAGAAGAUGGAAAACAACAUAACAACAAUAUCUCGUGAGGAACUGGAAGAAUUAAAGGAAGCAUUUAGUAAAAUAGAUAUUGACAAUAGUGGAUAUGUCAGUGAUUAUGAACUUCAAGAUCUUUUCAAAGAAGCAAGCCUUCCUCUACCUGGCUAUAAAGUCCGAGAAAUUGUAGAAAAAAUCAUUGCAGUAACAGAUAACAACAAAGAUGGUAAAAUCAACUUUGAAGAAUUUGUAUCAGUUAUUCAGGAAUUGAAGAGUAAAGAGAUUAGCAAAUCAUUCCGAAAAUCCAUAAAUAAAAAAAAGGGAAUUACCGCAAUUGGAGGAACGUCAUCAAUUUCUAGUGAAGGGACCCAGCAUUCUUAUUCAGAGGAAGAAAAGGUUGCUUUUGUUAACUGGAUAAAUAAAACUCUUAAAGAUGACCCUGACUGCAAACAUCUUCUCCCUAUGGAUCCAUCAGAUGAUAGCCUUUUUAAGUCACUUGCUGAUGGCAUCCUCCUUUGCAAAAUGAUUAACUUAUCCCAAUCCGACACAAUUGAUGAACGAGUUAUUAAUAAGAAGAAGCUUACCCCAUUCACUAUAUCUGAAAACCUAGAUCUUGCACUGAAUUCUGCAUCAGCUAUUGGUUGUACUGUAGUCAAUAUUGGAUCACAAGAUCUAAAGGAUGGCAAACCACAUUUGGUGUUAGGACUGUUGUGGCAAAUCAUUAAAGUCGGGCUUUUUGCUGAUAUAGAAAUAUCCAGAAAUGAAGCCCUUAUUGGUUUGCUAAGUGACGAGGAAGAAUUAGAACAAUUAAUGAAACUAUCUCCAGAAGAGCUCCUGCUACGCUGGGUUAACUAUCAUCUGAAUAAUGCUGGAUGGAAGAAAAUAAGCAAUUUUAGUCAAGACAUUAAGGACUCAAAGGCCUACUUUCAUCUGCUCAAUCAAAUUGCACCCAAAGAAGGCACCAGUGGCGAGUCUGCCAUUGCAAUUGAUCUUUCAGGCCUUAAUGAGCAAAAUGACUUGAAGAGGGCUGAAUAUAUGCUUCAGCAAGCAGACAAAUUAGGCUGCAAACAGUUUGUGACUCCAACAGAUGUGGUUGCAGGCAACCCUAAACUUAACAUGGCCUUUGUUGCAAACCUCUUUAACACCUUCCCUGCACUGCAAAAGCCUGAAAGUUCUUCUUAUGAUGUCAAUUUACUAGAAGAUUUGACCCCUCCUAAUGUAGGGGAAAGUAAGGAAGAGCGCACAUUUAGAAACUGGAUGAAUUCAUUGGGUGUAACCCCUUACAUUAACCAUUUGUACAGUGACCUUUCAGAUGCUUUAGUAAUCUUCCAGCUGUAUGAAAUGAUCCGCGUACCAGUAGAAUGGAAUCAUGUAAACAAACCACCAUAUGCUGCUCUUGGGGGCAACAUGAAAAAGAUUGAAAACUGUAACUAUGCAGUGGAACUGGGAAAGAAGCAGGCCAGAUUCUCAUUAGUUGGUAUUGGUGGACAGGACCUCAAUGAAGGCAACCCAACAUUGACCUUAGCACUGGUGUGGCAGUUAAUGAGAAGAUACACACUGAAUGUACUAUCAGACCUUGGAGAGGGGGAGAAAGUGAAUGAUGACAUAAUUAUUAAAUGGGUGAAUCAAACUCUUGCAAAUGCAAAUAAGACCACUUCAAUAACUAGCUUCAAGGACAGAUCCAUAAGCACUAGUUUGCCUGUACUAGAUUUAAUAGAUGCCAUUGCACCAAAAGCAGUUCGUCCAGAAAUGGUCAAGAGGGAAAAUUUUACCGAAACAGACAAGCUGAAUAAUGCUAAAUAUGCUAUUUCAGUUGCUCGGAAAAUUGGUGCUUGUAUAUAUGCCCUACCAGAUGACUUGGUAGAAGUAAAGCCAAAAAUGGUUAUGACAGUAUUUGCAUGUUUGAUGGGAAGAGGACUGAACAAAAUAAAAUAAAGAAGAUUUUUCCUGUAUCAUCUGCCAUGAUAAACACAAUGAAUGCCUCAUUGUUUACAGACUAACUACAUUUAUUAGCUGUGAAACAGAGAUAAUUUAUACAUAUACAAAUGUGAAGAUGUAUAGAGAGAUUAUUUAAAAAUAAUUGUUUAUAUUUAAGGUUUUAUCUGAAACAUUUUAUAUUAUAUCAGUAACUUGUGAGCUAAUAUUACUAAACACCACAAUGAACUAAAGUUACUAUGUUAAAUAGCCCUUUAAAAUAAGUAUGAUAUAUACUGUUUUCUUAAUGCAAACAUGAUCUGGGUUAUUUUAGGAACUGCUGUGAAAUCAAAAUUUUAUUUUUCUGGGUUAUUAACAUGUAUACAUGAAGCAUCUUCAAAGUCUGAUACUGUUCCAUUCCAGCACUAUUAUAUUGACCAAAAGGUCACAUUGCCUUAUUGUGUAAGGGACUAUCUAAAUUUCCGUUGAUAUUUGGCUGCAAAUUGAACGUCAUAAAUCCUAAGCAUAUUUCCCACUAAGUUCCAGUAUACAUGAAUAUGACUACUUCCUCUGUAAGAACUUUUACUCUUAAUUAAUUUAGCUAGUAAGUUAAUCAAUGAAAGUUUUAGUUGAUUAAAUAUCAGGGAUGCACUAUUUUAUUGUUCAGGGCAAAUUUCAUUUUCUGGAGUUACAAGGCAAGGAAAUUACUUAACUUCUGAGGUUGUUUUGUUUAUGGUAUGCUGCUGUAUUUGAAAAUUAAAAAGAUUUUUUUAAAAGGAAGGCUGUAACACACUUUGUCCUUUGGGUAUGAGAUGGGUUCUGGCUUCCCCUAUUUAAAAUCCCUUUCUUCUCUGGCAUAGUUUUCCCACACCCAUCCACUGUUUGCCUUCCCAUGGUUAACGGCUAGGUCAGAACCCUUGUUAAUCAUGAUUUGAUUCUAAUCAGAGGUUGUUGCUAAUCAGGGCUUAGAAACUAGAGUUGGAAGCUGGCUUCACAAAGGCCUGGUGAUGACAGUAAGCCUUAAUCAUGGAUGAGACUAGUAGAGGAAGAUGGAAGGAUGAAGGGAAUUUGCUCUGGAGUAGAUGGUAUAUGUAGGUGGCCCAGCUCCAGUCCCUUUUGCAGGUCAAAGAAUGGGAUGCAGUACAGUUACUCUAGCCCAAGUAUAGCUUUUUAUCAAUUUGAAAAUUGUUCUGUGUGUCUCAGCUAUCGCUUGAUUAUGAAAGUAUGCAGUUUCUUAAAUUAAGUUUACAGGGCAAUUCCGUAUCUUCUUUACAGAGAGUUGUAGUGAUUUUAUCAGAGCAAAUUCAGUUCUAGCAAUAGUGGUGCUUCUACCAUAACCACUUAACCAGUCAAUCUUGACUCUGGGAUUGUGUCCUUAGUCAAUGAAUCUGUUCAAAGGUAGCUAAUUAAUAGUGGUUGCACACUGGUAUUGUAUUCAGAAAGUCUACUUAUUUACAGCAAGUGUUUUAAAUAUGAGCAUCCCCUGUUGAGAUUUUGCUGUAGAUACUUGUAAUAUCAAACAACUAUUCAGUAAGGAAAAACACAACAUAUUAUUAUGGAUUAUGGUCUAGAUAGCACAAAUAUAACAAUGGCAAUAAUUGAAACAAUGUAUGUAAUAAGCCUUGCAAUGAGGGUAAAUAUUUGAAUUUCUGAACAUGUCAUAUAAUAAAGCAAUAAAGAGAGAUGAUGA